AUGCAAUUAUUGAUAGAGAAGCAAAGUCUUGGUGGCUGCAACAUUGCCUGUACGUCUGUACUCUCCCUCCAUUUGGACGACUCGAAAGCCUCUGAAUUAGAGAUCAGGAUUUCUGUUCUGGGUCUUACUAGACGAAGAACUCUUGUCGUGAGAAGGAGCCUCAACAUGCACACUAAUCCAUAGCUGCUGUUGUCAGUGUGGCACUUAUGACCCAAGCCCAUUCAUGAGUCAAGCUUCCCUUUUUAUAAGUCAUGGAUGACAAGGCCUCUGUUGGAAAAAUCAGUGUGUCUUCAGACUCGGUAUCUACUCUUAACAGCGAAGAUUUUGUCUUGAUUUCCAGGCAAGGGGAUGAAACGCCGUCUACCAAUAAUGGCAGCGACGAUGAAAAGACGGGACUGAAGAUUGUAGGGAAUGGGAGUGAGCAGCAGCUGCAGAAAGAACUUGAGGACGUCCUAAUGGAUCCCCCCAUGGAAGACCAAUCUAAUGACCGGGGACACGAGGAGGAGGAGGAGGACCAUCCCCGUGAUGGAGAGGGGGAUGAGCUGGUCCUCCUCGAGGCCUCAGCAUCCUCCACCAUUAACCCUGUGUCCAUGGCGGGACACCAAAAACCUGAGAUGAGCCUGCCAGUGAAACCAGCACAAGGAGACUCAGAGCAGUCGAGCCCUUUUACUCCCGUGGCCGAUGAGGACAGCGUUGUCUUCAGCAAGCUCACGUACCUGGGCUGCGCCUCCGUCAACGCCCCCCGGAGCGAGGUGGAAGCCCUGAGGAUGAUGGCCAUUUUGCGGAGCCAGUGCCAGAUUUCUGUAGACGUGACCCUUUCGGUGCCUAAUGUGUCCGAGGGAACUGUGAGGCUGCUGGACCCUCCAACAAACACUGAAAUAGCCAACUACCCCAUUUACAAAAUCCUGUUCUGCGUGCGAGGGCACGACGGGACUCCGGAAAGUGACUGCUUUGCUUUCACGGAAAGCCAUUACAACUCGGAGCUCUUCAGGAUUCAUGUCUUUCGAUGUGAAAUCCAAGAAGCUGUGAGUCGAAUCCUGUACAGUUUUGCCACCGCCUUCCGCCGUUCUGCCAAACAAACCCCGCUUGCGGUCCCUAUCACCCCUCAGACGCCAGACAGCGACAUCUUUACUUUCUCUGUGUCUCUGGAAAUAAAGGAAGACGACGGGAAAGGUUAUUUCAGUGCUGUUCCCAAAGACAAGGACAGGCAAUGCUUUAAACUUCGCCAAGGCAUCGACAAGAAGAUUGUCAUCUAUGUACAGCAGACAACCAACAAAGAGCUGGCCAUUGAAAGAUGUUUCGGCCUCCUCCUCAGCCCUGGGAAGGACGUGCAAAGCGGUGAUAUGCACUUGCUGGAUCUGGAGUCUAUGGGCAAAAGCUCUGAUGGGAAAUCGUACAUCAUCACCGGGAGCUGGAACACGAAAUCUCCGCAUUUCCAAAUAGUGAACGAAGAAACGCCGAAAGACAAAGUGCUCUUCCUGACCACGGCGGUGGAUCUGGUGAUCACAGAAGUGCAGGAGCCCGUCCGCUUCCUGCUGGAGACCAAGGUCCGCGUCUGCCCCGCCAACGAGAGGCUCUUUUGGCCCUUCAGCAAGCGGAGCUCCACGGAGAAUUUCUUCCUGAAGCUGAAGCAGAUAAAGCAGAAGGACCGGAAGAGCAGCACCGACACGCUCUACGAAGUGGUGUGCCUGGAGAGCGAGUUGGAACGGGAGAGGAGGAAAACCACGGCAAGCCCAGCGCUCCGCCUCCCGCAGUCGGGGUCCCAGGGCUCUAUGAUCCCCUCCCCUCCGGAGGAUGACGAAGAGGAAGAUAACGACGAGCCCCUCCUGAGCGGCUCGGGAGAUGUCUCCAAAGAGUGUGCGGAAAAAAUCCUUGAGACAUGGGGAGACCUUUUGUCCAAGUGGCACUUGAAUCUGAGCGUGCGACCAAAGACCCUGCCCACGCUUGUGAGAAGCGGAGUCCCUGAAGCACUCCGAGGGGAGGUUUGGCAGCUGCUUGCAGGAUGUCACAACAACGACCAUCUGGUGGAGAAGUACCGGAUUCUCAUCACAAAGGAGUCUCCUCAGGACAGCGCCAUCAAGCGCGACAUCAACCGAACCUUCCCUGCCCACGAUUACUUCAAGGACACCGGGGGAGACGGACAGGAUUCAUUGUACAAAAUCUGCAAGGCCUAUUCUGUCUACGAUGAGGAGAUCGGCUACUGCCAGGGGCAGUCCUUCCUGGCGGCUGUGCUGCUUCUGCAUAUGCCUGAAGAACAGGCGUUCAGUGUUCUGGUCAAAAUCAUGUUUGACUAUGGACUCAGGGAGCUUUUCAAACAAAACUUUGAAGAUUUACACUGCAAGUUUUACCAGUUGGAGCGCCUCAUGCAGGAGUACAUUCCUGAUCUCUACAACCACUUCCUGGAUAUCAGCCUUGAAGCCCACAUGUACGCAUCCCAGUGGUUCCUCACGCUUUUCACGGCGAAAUUCCCCCUUUACAUGGUCUUCCACAUCAUUGACCUGCUGCUGUGUGAGGGCAUCAGUGUUAUUUUUAACGUUGCCCUCGGAUUGCUAAAAACUACCAAGGACGAGUUGCUGCUGACAGACUUUGAGGGGGCCCUCAAGUUCUUCCGUGUGCAGCUGCCCAAGAGGUACCGCUCAGAGGAGAACGCCAAGAAGCUGAUGGAGCUAGCCUGUAGCAUGAAGAUUAGCCAAAAGAAACUGAAGAAAUAUGAACGGGAAUACCACACCAUGAGAGAGCAGCAAGCGCAGCAGGAAGACCCCAUCGAAAGAUUUGAGCGGGAGAACCGGCGCUUGCAGGAAGCAAACAUGAGGCUGGAGCAGGAGAACGACGACCUGGCCCAUGAGCUGGUGACGAGCAAGAUCGCCCUGAGGAAAGACUUGGACAACGCAGAAGAAAAGGCCGAUGCCCUGAACAAGGAGCUGCUGAUGACCAAGCAGAAGUUGAUCGACGCCGAGGACGAAAAGAGGCGGCUGGAGGAGGAGGCAGCACAGCUCAAGGAGAUGUGCCGGCGAGAGCUGGACAAGGCGGAGUCCGAGAUUAAGAAGAACAGCUCCAUCAUCGGAGACUACAAGCAGAUCUGCUCCCAACUGAGCGAGAGGCUGGAGAAGCAGCAGCUGGCAAACAAAGCCGAAAUUGAGAAGAUCCGGCAAAAGGUCGAUGAGUGCGACCGCUGCCGGGAGUUCUUCAGCAAGGAAGGGCGGGUGAAGGUGGCCAGCGUUGCCCGGGAGGGCUCCGACGAGGAGACGGACGAGGAGAAGGAGGCGCUGAAGAACCAGCUGCGAGAGAUGGAGCUGGAGCUGGCCCAGACCAAGCUGCAGCUGGUAGAGGCAGAGUGCAAAAUCCAGGAUCUCGAACACGACUUGGGGCAGGCACUGAACGAGGUGCAGGCCUCUCGGAAGACGUGGUUCAACCGAACGCUGAGUUCGAUAAAGACAGUGACGGGCGUCCAAGGGAAAGAGACGUGCUGAGCGGCCACCGUCCCUCCAAGGCAGCGCGUGGGGCUCGCCUGCCAUUGGGACACGUCCUGCCUUCCGGCGCUCUGCCUUGGCCAGACGCCACGUGGGAGAGAGGACCAGAAUGUACAUAAGACUCUAGAAACACAGCAGCGCAUGCCGGGGCUUUUCCACAGGUCAGUGGCCCAAGCUGGACGCCAGGCCCACACCGCGGGGCUUGUGGCGAGGCGGGGGUCUUCAUACUACUGAUUAUUUAACCAGGGGGUGUAGCUGUAGGCCGAAGCUCUUUUCGGAGGACAAAUGAAAAACACUCCAUUCUACAGUCUGGCUGGAGGCAGGCCUAGGUACGAAAACUUACCAAAACCCUAACUUAUUAAGUUUACAGACAAGAGCUUUUUUAACAGUUAGAACUUUUUAAAGGUUUUAUUUGAAAGGAAUGGGGGGAAAAAUAAAUAACAAGAAGUUAUUUCAGUGCCAGAGACCAGCCCCCUUGUCCUUCCCUCCGCCCUAAACCAGGGGCAGAGGGUGGGGAAGGAUGUUUGCAUAGUUACCUUUUGAAACAGGAUCUCUUCCUCCAAAUGUCCGUGUGUGCACUACCUUUGUGUCUCUCUGAUGUCCAGCGUUUCAUUCUCUGUCACUAAUCAAUUCUAUGCAACUCAGGGGCUGGAAUUCUCCCUCUCCGCCCCCCCUCUUUUUAAAGCACCUGUCAUCACAGCAAUCCCUCCUAUCUGCACAAAAAAGGCGAGAAUAACCAGGAGUCCGUUUCACACAUGGUUAAUGUCCCAACCGAUAUAACGCCUGCCUGUCGUUUUCGAGGGCUAGAUCCGGGCUCCAGUUAGCUGAACUUCGUUCCCAUUGAAAUUAGCAGAACUUCAGUCCUGACCCACUCUCGCCCCACUGAUGUCACCUUCGCUUAGGUCAGACCCAAUCUCUGCUGCAAAAUAGCAACUUUGUACUUCAAUUUACAAGCAUUAAAACUUUGGUUUCUUUUCCAACCUCUUUCCGUUUUGCUUUUCUGUGAGCUUCUAGGGUUCUUUUUUAGUUUUGCACAUAGAUGGGAACAGGACGAAAACAGACAAACAACCGAUUUUGGGGGGUGGGGAAGGGGAGGGAGAAAACGCCACCUGGACCAUCGCUGCUGCUACAAUCUCCAUUUUCUCUCUGCGCGGGCUCGCCUGCGUUUUGACAGCUCCAAUGGCUGGGUUGGUGUAUUUUGCGGCUCUUCCGCCCCCCCUCCGCUUCUUAUAACUACACUGGUAGGUAACUAACGCUGCUUGGAUUUCUGAGCGCUUCAAUAACCCAGAACUUCUCACCAGAAAAGCUGUAGAAUGGAGGUAUUUGCACCUUUGUAUUUUAUUUUUUCUAAUUUAUACUGGUUUGUGCUAUGCUGAAAUAGCUGUUGUUAUAAGCGGAUAAACUUUUAUUGUGUGCAGCGUGUGAGUAAUAAGCUGGUUACAAUAAGAGGCACUGGUUUGUAUAUAAAGAUAAUUUGUAUUUCUACGUUAUUUUUCUUGUUGACCAGACUAAUGCUAGCUAACGCAACCCGAGACGGUCUGAGGCGAGGCCACGUGGCGCCCCAGGGGUUUAUUCCCCUUCUCCUUCAACUGUGUACAUGAAUAUCUUUAUUGUUUAAUAAUACCAAAAAAUAUACUGUAACUCCAAUAAUAGACAUGUGGACAUUGUAGUAGAGUAGUUGCAGUGUGUAGAUCUUUGGAUUGAUAUAUAAACUAGUAAAAUUGUA